CAGACGGUCUGUCUGUCAGUGAGUACAGACCUGCCUCAGUGAGGAGAGGACAGAAGCUGCUGCUGUCACCAUGGACAUCACUGUGAGCCCUAGUGUCUCUGCUGGGACCCCCGCGCCUCCCCACUCGUCGGACCGCAUGAAGAAUGCCGCGGACAUCUCAGUUAUUGUUAUCUACUUCGUGGUGGUUCUGGCUGUGGGCUUGUGGGCCAUGCUGAAGAUCAAUCGAGCAACAGUGGGAGGCUUCUUCCUGGCUGGCAGGGACAUGGCAUGGUGGCCCAUUGGUGCCUCUCUCUUUGCCAGUAAUAUUGGCAGUGUCAGUUUCGUGGGCCUGGCUGGGACUGGUGCAGCCUCAGGAAUUGCUGCUACCGUGCUUGAGACAAAUAGUUUGCCAUCGCUGCUGAUCCUAGGUUGGCUCUUUGUCCCCAUUUACAUUAAGGCUGGGGUGGUGACCAUGCCUGAAUACCUGAUGAAGAGGUUUGGAGGGAAAAGGAUUCAGAUCUACUUCUCUGUCCUUUCCCUGUUCUCAUCUGUGGCCAUGAGAAUCUCGGCUGACAUGUUCUCGGGAGCCAUAUUCAUCAACGUGGCCCUCGGGUUGGAUCUUUACGUAGCCAUCUUCAUCCUACUGGUCAUCACGGGGAUCUUCACUAUUGCAGGUGGCUUGGCCUCUGUGAUUUACACUGACACCCUGCAGACAGUCAUUAUGCUGGUCAGCUCUUUCAUCCUCACUGGCUAUGCUUUUGCAGAAGUGGGAGGGUAUGAGGCCUUCACUGAGAAGUACAUGAAAGCCAUCCCGACCGUCAUUACGGACCAAAAUGUAACCCUGAACCCAGAAUGCUACAUGCCCAAAGCAGAUGCCUUCCACCUCUUCCAGGAUCCCAUCACUGGUGAACUGCCAUGGCCAGGAAUCAUCAUUGGAAUGAACCUUGUUUCCAUUUGGUACUGGUGCACUGACCAGGUGAUUGUGCAGCGAUGCCUCUCAGGGAAGAACCUGUCCCAUGUGAAGGCUGGUUGCAUUUUGUGUGGCUACUUGAAGCUGCUGAUCCUUUUCCUCAUGGUGAUGCCUGGUAUGAUUAGCCGCAUUCUGUACCCAGAUGAAAUAGCCUGUGUCAUACCUUCUGAAUGUGAGAAACAUUGUGGAACCAGUGUGGGCUGCACCAACAUGGCUUACCCGAAGCUGGUGGUAGAGCUCAUGCCCAAUGGACUUCGGGGACUGAUGUUGUCAGCCGUGUUGGCAUCACUCUUGAGUUCCCUCACCUCUGUCUUCAAUAGUUCCAGCACUCUGUUCACCAUUGACAUCUAUACCAAAAUUCGAAAACGAGCAUCAGAAAGAGAGCUCCUGAUAGCAGGAAGGUUGUUCAUCAUUGUCCUGAUUGCCCUCAGCAUUGCUUGGAUCCCAAUAGUUCAGGAGGGUCAAAAUGGUGAAUUGGUCCAGUAUGUGGAGUCGAUAUCAAGCUACCUUGGGUCCCCCAUUACAGCUGUGUUCCUGCUUGCCAUCUUCUGCAAGAGAGUUAAUGAGCAGGGAGCUUUCUGGGGACUGAUGUUUGGCCUUGUGGUUGGUCUAACUCGUAUGAUCGCUGAGGUUGCCUAUGGGACAGGCACUUGCAUGGUCCCCAGCCAAUGUCCCGACAUCAUCUGUGGAUGGCAUUUCUCCUAUUUUGCCAUAGUCCUCUUCACAUUGACAGUCUUGGUUGUUCUUGGUAUCUCUCUGAUGACAAAACCUAUUCCUGACAUACAUCUGCACCGCCUUUGCUGGGCUCUCCGCAAUAGCCAGGAAGAACGCAUCGACCUGACCCCUGAGCAAAAUACCCAUUAUGGGCACAUUUCCUCACUGCUUGCCUCUCUUCCCUUUCCUCCAGAUGGCCCAGAGGAAUCACAAGGGUUCUUCAAGAGAGCCUGGAAUGCGUUCUGUGGGCUGGAGACAAAGAAAGGCCCCAAGCUGACCGAGGAAGAGAAGGCUGCUCUGCAGAAGCAGAUGACGGACACAUCUGAAAAACCCUUUUGGAGGAAUGUGGUGAAUGUCAACGCCAUCCUAGUCAUGGCUGUGGGCGUCUUCUAUCAUGCUUAUUUUGCCUGAAUCCUGCCUCAGGUUUCAAGCAGGGUCAACCAAGCCUGGACUACCAACCUUCCUCUUCCCUGUUAGCCUCUCAUUGGGCUGUGGAAGGGUAGCAAACAGGUAUAAUUUAAAGCUGGUGGGACGGGAAGGAAAAAAGAAGAAAAG